AAAAAAAGUGAUAACACUUUUAAAUAAAUUUCUAGCGAUUUUAAACUAACACGAUACUGAAUUAGGAACUGCAGUUUAUAUUAAAAAUAAAUAGAAACCUAAUAAAAAACAAAUGGCUUCUUCAUCGAGUUCGUCAGGAUCAGAAGAUCCAACCGAAAAAUUAAAAAAAGAACCGUCUAAAGGCAUAUUAAAACCUUCUGUUAGUUAUGAAGAAAAAGAGUAAGUAUAAUAAUCUAAUAAUUAAUAAUUGUUAUAAUAACUGAACUUAAAUAGUUAUGUCAUACAAUAUGAUAUUCUCAUAUUAUACAUGUUUACAAUUUUAGUAAAAAAAACAAAAUGGCUAAGUCUGCUAAAUGGGAUGAAAUGAACAUAUUAAAAACAUUGCAUCCAUUAGAUAAAGAUUAUGGCCACAUGAAGGUGGAUGAACCUAAAACACCAUUCGAACGAGAAAUUCCUGAAAGCAAUGAUGAUAUGGAUGGUGGUGUUAAUGCAGAGGAAUUAAGGAAAAGGUAAGUGCUACCUUGCAGGGCUUGAAUUAAUAUUAUUUUUAAAAAAAAUUUUAUUAACAAUUUCAAAUUACAUUUGAAACCUAUCAUAUUUAUAGUAGUUUCAUAAUUUUUUUUUAUUGUUCAUUUUUAAAUCACUCAUAUUUUUAAUUUAGGUUUUAUUUUAACUUUAUUAUUUUGUGUAUUUACUAUUCAAUAUUUUUGUCAGGUCUAUUAAAUUUAAAGAUUUUUUUGGAAAUAAAUAUUAAAUAUUAAAGAAUCUAUGCAUAGCUAUUGUAUUAUAUAACUUAAUAUCAUCACUCUUGGAGUUCUUGAGUAUCAAAUAUUUAUCUCAGUUUUAAUUAUAUUUGGAUAAAUAUUAAUUUAAUUGAUUUAAAUAUAUAGAAUUGAAGAAGGUGGAAGACGGAGAAGUAGCUCAUUUCAAUCAGAAGAAGAAUCUGAUGACGAUGAAGACGAAUCUCCAGAAAAUAAAAGUUUGAUUUAUUUUAUUGUAUAUGUAUAUCAGAAUUUACUUAACUUGUUUUUUAGGAACUACAUUUGUAAUAGUUUUGUAAUACAUAUUCUUAUAAUUUUAGUUGCGAGAGAAGUAUUUGAAAGAAAAAGAAAAGAGCACUACAAUGAAUUUCAAACUGCAAAAAUACUGGCCAAGCAAAUGAUGGAUGAAGAAGAUGAAGAUGAUAAUGAUAAUGAUAAUAAACCUAAUGUAGAUGAUCGGGUAUAAAGUAAACUUUUCUUUGUUUAUUUUAUUUUUUAUUCUAUCUUUUUGUGACAUUAAGGAACAAACCAUUAAUGUGUUUUUUUUUCUUGUUAUGUUUGUUUACAAUCUUGAAUUCCAUAUUUUUUGCAAUUUGUUGCUAUCAAUUAUAGAACAUGGAUUGCUUUCAGUCAUAUUUGAAGAGUAAAUUCAAAUAUUUCUCUACAAUAAAAGAAAAAUGAUCUUUCUUAUAUUUCUAAGAAAAAUUUGUAUCAUUUCUUUGAUAUAUAGUUCAUUUGUUUAAAUAUCUCAUUUAAUGUAUAUUUUAUAUAUAAUAUUUAAAAUUAAAAAUUAAAGUCAAGUUUAAUUGUUAACAAAUUAAAUACUUGGAUAUCACUAAUUUAUUUAAUUAAAUCAUAAACAUGGCCAUUAUCAUUAAAUUAAUUCAAUUAAAAUUUGAAAAAACAAUAUAACAUUUUAUUGUGUUUUAGAAAUUAACUCGUAUAUUUUUUUCUGUUGCUUUCAUUUUAAAAACUUAAUAGGACGUCACACAUGCACUUACUAUUUCUGUGUUACAAAAUUACCAAAUAACAAAAUUACAUUCAGUAAGACAAAUUUUGUUCUGUUAGUUUUAAUAUUAAAACAAAUUGACCUAUUAACAAAUUUAAAGGUAAGAUGCUUAUCAGUGCCAUAGUAUUGAUGUUUUUCCAAUAUUUUAAUUUUCAAGAUAUGAGUAUGUGAAAUAUCACAAUUUAAAAAUGAUUAUAUCUUGCUUAAGAAUUAAUAUACCAAAAAAAAAAUAAAAUGCUAAAACACAGAUAAUCUUCUUACUUUUAAAUUUGGCAAUAUGUCAAUUUGCUUUUAUAUUAAAACUAAUGACACAAAAUGUUUCUUACUAAACGCUAAUUUGAUAUGCAGCGAAUUUGUAAGACUGAGACAGUAGAUGCCAGUGUGACGUUCUCAUAUUAAAAAAUUAAUUUUGAAAUAAAUCUUAACAUUGUAAUUUUAUAUUUAAAUUUAACUAUUAUAUUUAAUUAUUUGAGUAUUGUUGAUUUCAAUUUUAAAUACAUUCAUCAUGAUCCAUUUAUAUACAUUUAUUUUUUAGUAUACCAUUUAUACAAUUUUUAUUCUUAUAUUUAUUUAUAUAUAGUAUACAAUUAUCACUAAUCAAGGGUUUUCAUAUUCAUAGUCAUUUACUGACUAUUUAAUACAUUUCCAUCAAGUGUUCAAUUAGAGUUAUGUUAUGAUCGUUUACUGUUAUGUUAAACAAUAAUUUAAAAUUAUCUAAUAUUAUAAUUUUAAAUAUGGUUUACAUAAAAAACAAGUUAAACAUAUUUGGUUAUUUACUAGUCUAACUAAACAAUUGUAUACUUUGUGAAUAGUGUUUGAAAAUUUCAUAAAAUAUUUCAAUUUUUAUUUUUGUUUUAAAUUUUUGUCUUGUAAAAUAAUUAAAUAAAACUUAUAAAUAGAUACAGUGAUGUAAAUUUGUAUUUAACAAUUUUGAAUAUAUUUGUUUUUGUUAAAAUUACUAAAAAUGUAAAAUACAUAGUAAAACAAUACAUAAGUAUAUCUUAAUACUUCUUAGAUCCUGGGUUUCUUGCUCAUGAAAAUUUAUGCAUAUAUAAAAAAAAAACUUAAUAAAAAUAUAAAAAUCAUGUAAAUGCCUAUUUAAAAAAGAAUGCAGUACCCUUCAUAUUAACUUAACUUAUUAAUGCAUAAGUUUAAUCACUUUAAUAUGUAAUAGGCAUUGAACCUUGAAAUAUUAUAAUAUUUUUAGCUAAUUAUCUCUAAUACUUGUAAGGAUCUAAUAGUUAAAUAAUUAAUAAAAGUCCAAUAUUUUACAUUAUAAUGAAAUAUUUCAGACUUCAAACACUAUUUGUGAGCUUCAACAGUCUCAAUUCAUCAACAACAUUUUGUAUUUAGUAUUUACCUUUUAAAAAUAUAUUUACUCAAAAUAAUAAACAAAUUAUAUUCCAUAUUUCAUAUUCAUACUUUUCACAACGCACAUCUACUUUUUUAUUAAUUGACUUAACUCAAGCCAACCCAGAUCUAAAAAAAAAAAAAAAACUAUUUUCACAGUGUCACUGUAGUAUAAGUCAAUAAUUUAUAAUAUAUGUUUUCACAUUUAAUUUGUAUGUUAAACAAAAUAAACCAAAUUAAAAAUGUUAACAAAUAAUUUGAAUUGUUUACUCCUCAUGUCUAAAAUUAUUUCUUUAUAUUAAAUUUUCAUUACAUACAAUGAAACACAAAUAAUAUAGUUGUAUUUACACAAUGUUACUUUACCUCCUUGGUGAAUUUAUAAAUGCAGUAUUGUAAAUCAUUUUUAGCAUUUUGGUUUUACUAUAUUCCUAUAGAUAAAAAAUUGUGUGGUAAAUUAUGUUAAAAUGAGAAUCACAUUUUUAUUAUACCUACCUCCUAUUUUCUUAAAAUAGUUAAGAUUGGGUCUACUCAAAGCUGGUCAAGAUUUCAAGUUAAAUUGACUAACUAACUUAUAAAAUUAUUGUUCUAUAAAAACCACCUCAUAUUACUUGAUCUUGAAUGUACAAUCACUUUCCAAUUUUAAAUCCAAAUUUAUUUUAAAAAUUACAUUUUUUUAUUAUUCAUCAAUUUUAUUAGUAAAAAGCAACUGCCCAUCUAAAGAAAAAAAAAUUAAUAAAUAAAUGAACACUGAAAUAAAUUACAAAGUUAUUUUUUCUCAGCUUUACAGUCCGCACAGUACCUGAGUUGUCACAAAUAAUCCUCUCAAAUGUUCCUGUUUAAUAUUUUUAAAACUUAAAAUUAACAAUUACCAUAUUCAAUUUAUAAUUUUGGAAUGAUAAUUAAAAAGAUUUUUUUUAUUUUUGUUGUUAAUUAUUUAUUAUUUGUAUUAUUUAUAUAUUAAAAAGAAAGACUACAUUGUAUUUUAGAGACUUAUUUUGUAUAUUAGAGACAAAACAUUUUGUUGUAUUGUAUUAUUUUUUCAUAAACAACCAUAAAUUGUUAAAUACAUAAUUAAUAUAUUUAUUAUAAUACUAAUUAGUUAUUAGUUUUAUAUCUAAACAAAUGUUAAAACAAAUUAUUUUAAAAUUAUAUAUCUUUGAUUUGUAUUUUCAGUAUUCAUAUUAUUGACUUUUAAUUUAUAUAAAUAUUUGAAAAAUGACCAUUGUGUAAAUGCCAUUCAGAAAUAAUUAUAGAAAAAAAAACUAUUUGUAUAUCUAAAUACUUAAAUAAUAGUUGUUUGGUAUGUAUUAGAUUAAAAGGGAAUUAUUAUCUAUGCAUUUACAUAGAUUUUUUUGAUAGGUAUUUUAAAAUAGGAAUUCAUAUGUUAGACAUUUUAGAACUUUAUUUUAAUGUUAAAUUAUUUGUAUAAAAAUUAAAAUAUUCAAAGAAAAUAUACACACAAUGGUAAAUUAAGUUUAUUUUUGUCACAUCAUAUAUUAUUUAAUAAUUAAAACACAUUAAGUUAAUACCAUAGACCUACUAGUAUAAGAUCUAUGGAUAAUACAUAAAUAUCUAUAUGAAUUUUAAACAAAAUCUUAGAAUUAUCUGUAUUUUAAUUAACUAGUGUGCAUACAGUUUCUUUAUAGACGUAUAAGUAUAUAAUAAUGCAGUGAUAGAGAAUGGUUUAUUAUUUUAUAAACUAACCAAAUUUAAAGUGGGAUUGUAUAAAUGUUAAGCUUUUGUUGGUUAAACUAAACUUUUGUAUUGGAAAAAUAAUAAUAUAAUAAUUUUUAAUUUUGAUAUAAUUGAUCAGCUGUUUAAUAGAUAAUUACUGUGUAUUAUAAAAUGUUAUUUCCAAAU